AUAUUAUGGUAAUUCCAUUAGUAUACUCUUUAUAAAACCCUUCUUCCCCUACCGCCCACAAACCCUAGGUACAGCCCGGCUGCUGUUCGCUAACAGGGUUUCGAGUGAUUAGCAAACUUUUUCUGGAUUAGCAGCAAUGGCACCAAAAGAUAGUUCAAAAAAGCCUGAUGCAAAGGCACAAGCUGUCAAGGCUGCAAAAGCUGUGAAGUCUGGACCAACCUUUAAGAAGAAAGCUAAGAAGAUCAGAACCAAGGUCACAUUCCAUCGCCCAAAGACUCUAAAGAAGGAGAGGAAUCCCAAAUACCCCCGCAUUAGUGCUCCACCAAGGAACAAGCUUGAUCAUUAUCAGAUUUUGAAAUAUCCUCUUACUACUGAGUCAGCUAUGAAGAAGAUUGAAGAUAACAAUACCUUAGUUUUCAUUGUUGAUCUUCGUGCUGACAAGAAAAAAAUCAAGGAUGCAGUCAAGAAGAUGUAUGAUAUUCAAGCCAAGAAAGUGAAUACCUUGAUAAGGCCUGAUGGAACAAAGAAAGCAUAUGUAAGGUUGACACCAGACUACGAUGCAUUGGAUGUGGCAAACAAAAUUGGCAUCAUCUAAAUUAGUUCCUGGCUUUUUUCUAAUUUUCUUCAUUUUGUUUUGUUGAAGAGUAAGUUAUUAUUGUUGUGACAUCAAGCAGGAAUAUUUCUUAAAUUACGUUAAAACUUGUAAACCUGUGUUACUGCUGUUUGGUUAUGCUUCAUCUUUUUAAACAUAUGAAUUAGGUUUGAAGUUUCAAUUUACUUGUUCUGAA